AUGGCUCAGUGGCAUUGUCUCCUGCUCCUGCCUUCAGGGUGUCUGUCCUUGCUGGUCACAGUUCAGCACACAGAACGCUAUGUCACCCUGUUUGCCUCCAUCACCCUCAAAUGUGACUACACCACCUCUGCUCAGCUCCAGGACGUGGUGGUGACGUGGCGCUUCAAGUCUUUCUGCAAGGACCCCAUCUUUGACUACUUCUCUGCCUCAUACCAGGCCGCCUUAUCCCUGGGCCAGGACCCCUCCAACGACUGUAACGACAACCAGAGGGAAGUCCGCAUCGUGGCCCAGCGGCGGGGACAGAAUGAGCCGGUGCUGGGGGUGGAUUACCGGCAGCGCAAGAUCACCAUCCAGAACCGAGCAGAUCUUGUGAUUAAUGAAGUGAUGUGGUGGGAUCAUGGAGUAUACUAUUGCACCAUUGAGGCUCCAGGAGACACAUCAGGAGACCCAGAUAAGGAGGUGAAGCUCAUUGUCCUGCAUUGGCUGACAGUGAUCUUCAUCAUCCUUGGAGCCCUCCUUCUCCUGCUGCUGAUUGGCGUGUGCUGGUGCCAGUGCUGCCCUCAGUACUGCUGCUGCUACAUCCGCUGCCCCUGCUGUCCUGCCCGCUGCUGCUGCCCCGAGGAAGCCCUGGCCCGCCACCGCUACAUGAAGCAGGUUCAGGCCCUAGGUCCUCAGAUGAUGGAAAAACCCCUGUACUGGGGGGCGGACAGGAGCUCCCAAGUUUCAUCUUAUGCAAUGAACCCGCUGCUGCAGCGAGAUCUGUCCUUACGGUCCAGCCUUCCACAGAUGCCGAUGACCCAGACGGUCGCUCACCCUCCGGUGGCCAAUGGUGUUCUGGAAUAUUUGGAGAAAGAAUUGCGGAACCUCAACCCAGCCCAGCCUCCCGAUCUCAGAGCCAAAUCAGGCUACCCUGGCAGCAUGCUGUCCUCCCUGGGCCCUGCAGAGGUUGUGGAACGCAGAGUCAUCCACCUGCCCCCGCUGAUCAGAGACCCACUGUCCUCCAGGACCAGCAACUCAUCACACCAGCAGUGGCUCAACCCUCUUCCUUCUAGACACCGGGAUCUGAGUGAGGCCAGGAGGCAGCGCUAUCACUCGGAUUUCCUCCAAGAGCUCCAGGACCGGGGGAUCAGACCCUGGACCCCAGGGAGAAGGGAACUGGACCCCAAUUGGAGUGGGAGGCACCAUCGCUCUAGGCCCAACGAGUCCUCCAUGCCCUGGUCAGACUGGGACAGCCUGAGUGAAGGCCCCUCGUCCAGUGAGGCCCCUUGGCCCCCCAGACGCCCAGAGCCCCGGGAAGGUGCCCAGAGGCACAGGAGACGCAGGCACCGCAGCUACUCGCCUCCCUUGCCCUCGGGCCCCAGUUCUUGGAGCUCUGAAGAGGAGAAAGAGUCACUGCCCAGGAACUGGGGUGCCCAGCACCGCCACCGCCACCGCCGCCGCCGUUCCCAGUCCCCAAACUGGCCUGAGGAGAAGCCACCCAGCUACUGUUCACUGGAUGUCACUCCAGGCAAGAACAACAGGAAAAAAGGGAAUGUGGAGAGGCGCUUGGUGAGCCUGGGGCAUCCUGUGGAGGGUCGGGCAUGGGCAGCAGCCCCUCAGCCAGCGGUCUCGGCCACAGCUGACACAGACCCUGCAGGGUCUUAGUUCUGCAUAACGUCCAGGCAGGCCGGGGGCACUGCCUUUUCUUGGAAUGAAAGGGCCGAGUCAGUGCAGGGUGCAGAAGAGGCCCAGGGCUUGCCUUCUCUGCCUCAGUGUGGAUUCAGCCAUCUUCCCUGUCCCGGGAGGCAGGUCAGGUGGGUUCUGCUGGCAUGCAGGUGAGGAACUCAGUCUCAGAAUGACUAAGCACUCCGUGGUAGGGAGCUGGUGGGGUUCCAGCUGCCGCCUGGACCUUGACUUUGCAACCUUAUUUCCACAGCCCAGAUUAGAAAUGGGCAGGGCUGUGGGUGUUUAAGUGGGCAGCAACUGUGCUGUGUGUGAGGAUGAGGUCUUCCCAGAUACCCCUGGAAAGGCUUACCAGACUGAUGAAAACCACCCUUGGCCUCCCACUUAGGAGAAAAACUUUGGGAUGCUGUGAACACUGAAGAUACGGGUCACUGUGUAGCAGGAAAAUA